AUGGUCUUCACAACCCCCGUCUGGGUACCCAAGCUCCCAAUAGACCCCCCGGACUCAAUCCCCGUAGCCGAGUUCAUGAGGAACGAGACAUAUGGUCGCUAUCCUAUCGCGAAAAGUAGACAUCCGUUUACCUGUGGUAUAACUAAACGCACGUACUCGACGACUCAGUUGUUUGAGCGGUCUGAAUGCGUGGCCAGAACAUUGGCAAAACGGAUGCAAUGGCAGCCCAAUGAAGGGACGCCUUGGGACAAGGUUCUCGCCAUCUUUUCUCUCAAUACGAUUGACUACAUCACGGCUAUUUACGGUGUCCAUCGUCUCUCGGGCAUCGUCACUCCAGCCAACGCAGCUUAUUCCGUCGACGAAUUGACAUACCAGCUCAAAGCAUCAGGCGCAAAAGCUAUGUUUACUUGUACACCUCUUCUCGAAGUUGCUCUCAAAGCAUGCAAGAACGUUGGAAUAUCAGAAGAAAGCAUUUUUCUCUUUGAUAUUCCCCGUGCCGACCCCGUUUCAAAGUUUCCAUAUGCUUCUCUAGAGGAUUUGAUCAAAGAAGGCUCUCAACUUGCCGAGAUUGAAGAGCUGCAGUGGGUCCAGGGUCAGGGUGCGCGCCAAACUGCCUUUCUGUGCUUUUCGAGUGGAACAUCAGGUUUGCCGAAAGCUGUUAUGAUAUCCCACUACAACGUCAUCUCGAAUGUCCUGCAGCACGUCACAUACGAGUCGACCGCUCGAGCAAAACGUGGCAUUGCUACUCAAGCUGUAACGGGAUUCUUACCAUUAUCCCAUAUAUAUGGUCUUGUUAUUGCCGCGCAUACGAUGACUUGGCGAGGAGAUCAAGUCAUCAUCCUGCCAAAAUUUGAAUUUCAAGACUUUUUGCAAUCUGUUCAGGAUUUCAAGAUCAGACAACUCUUAGUAGUUCCUCCUAUCAUUAUCCAAGUCCUACGUUUCAAGGACAUCUGCGCCAAAUAUGAUCUUAGCAGCGUAAAAUUCGUUUACUGUGGUGCUGCACCUCUAGGCGAAGAGACCAUUCGAGAUAUGAAGAACUUGUAUCCAGACUGGACGAUUGCGCAAGCCUAUGGGAUGACAGAAACAGCAACAGUAGUGUGUUCCUCAAGCGAAGAUGAUGUCUUCACCAAAAGCUCUGGAUCUCUUUUCCCAGGAACAAAAGCCAAAAUCAUCGACCCAGAGGGCAAAGAAAUCACUCAACAUGAUCAACCUGGAGAGUUACUCGUGCAAGCGCCUUCUGUUGUGUUGGGUUACUUGAAUAAUGAAAAGGCAACAGCCGAAACAUUUGUGCAUCAACACGAUGGGAGAUGGAUCCGAACCGGAGACGAGGCUAUAGUGACACUGGCUCCUUCUGGAAAUGAACACGUCGUCAUCGUUGAUCGAAUCAAAGAACUCAUCAAAGUCAAAGGCCAUCAAGUUGCACCAGCUGAGCUCGAAGCACACAUAUUGACACACACCCACGUCUUCGACUGUGCCGUCAUCCAAAUCCCCGACGAACGUUCAGGAGAAGUGCCCAAAGCAUUCGUUGUUAAGAGCUCCUCAGCUGAGUCUUUGACUGAGGAGGAACUGGCACGUGAUAUUGAAAAGCAUGUGGCAGAUCACAAGGCAUCGUACAAGCAGCUCAGGGGAGGUGUUGAGUUUUUGGAUGUCAUACUCAAGAGUCCUAGUGGGAAGAUUCUUCGUCGAUUGUUGAGGGAUAAGGAGAGGGAGAAGAGGAGAGGACAGGGUUCUAGACUGUAA